AUGCCAAGUUCCAUGGUUGAUCGAGUUACUUUAAUCAAAUGAAUGCAUUUGUCAUUCUCCAAAGAGGCCAGAAUAGCUAUAUGUAACCUGUACCUCAUGCAGUAGCAAAAAAUAUUGACAAUUUGACAGUUUGACUUUUAUGUGUCGCAAGAAGCUUGCUUUAUUGAAUACUUUACAAUUCUUAAAUAAUUAUAAUAGUUUUUACUAAGAUGUAUCAGUGAAAUAGAGAAAAAGGGAUUUUCAUUCGAAUGCUAGCUUCCAUAUCUGAGGCUAAGUACAUCAAAACAAACCGUUCGUGUUAGCGCCGCCGCUCGCCGACAGAUGGCGCUGCCCCGGCGCGGCGUUAAAAAGAGAAGGUGUUAUACGGCCGUAACGAAGUGCCCGAAUAGAAUAGACGAGCCCAACAAAUGGUUCCGGUUUAGUGUCGAAAAACCUCCACGCGGGGAGGUUGUGUCGCGCGCUCCAGCGACGCGGCGUGCGUGUAACAAAAUAAAUACCCAUCUGUCCAAAUAUUGUGCAAGUUUUUUUAUUGUUUCCCGAAAUAAGGAUGCGUGUGUGUGUAUGACCUGAUAGUGACAAGUUUAUUUUGUGUUUUCAAGUGCUAGUGUUUUGUUUUUGUUCAGUUCUGGAUUUAUUGGAGUUGCGAGUCUGCAGACGGAUUUGUAAAAGCACUCACAAUGCCGCGAUGACGUGAACAAUGCUGCUGCAACAGGCCUCCCCGUCGCCUGGACCCAGCGGCACCAGCUCCCCCCACCCCUCGCCACGGCCCAGUCUGCCCCGCUCCCCGCUGAGCGAUGCGAGCCCGCGCGCCAGCCCGAAGUUUGCAAGCCCCACGUUGGGCGCCAAGUUUGGCAGUCCCACGUUGGGCGCCAGUCCUAAGUUUGGGAGCCCGAAGCUUAAGCGGACGGCGGUUGAGGAUGAAGCGGCGUUGGAGAGGAUACAGACGGAGCUGAAGGAGGGGUGGAGCGUACACACCGGGAGGGAGGGGAGACUGUAUUAUUGCAAUCACAUCACGCAGACGGCAAGCUGGCUGCCUCCAGUGGAAAGCUGGCCCAGCUCCAGGGAUGGGAGCAGCAGCAGCCAGGAGGCUGAGGAAGAGGAGCUGCCGUACGGGUGGGAGCAAGCCUUGGACAGCCGGGGAAAGCCUUAUUACAUCAACCAUGUCAACAAAACAACAACGUACGUGUCGCCCGAGAGUUGCUCGUGUGAAUCCCCUCCCGAGCCGCGUGACGUCACGCUGGAAAGGGACCCCGAGUUGGGCUUCGGCUUCGUCGCGGGCUCCGAGCGGCCCGUGCUUGUUCGCUUCGUCACCGACAACUCGCCCAGCGUUGGGAAGCUGGAACCCGGCGACCAGAUCCUCUGCGUGAACGGUGCCGACGUGUCGUCAGCGGCCCGCGAGCACGUGAUAGCGGCAGUGCGGGCCUGCACGGACCGCGUGACGCUGCGUGUGUGUCAGCCGCCGCGCGCCGGCAACCCUGUGCGGCGGUCGGCGCUGCUCUCGCACGCUAAACGAGCUAGGUUACGAGCUCGGCCUCCAAGGGUACGAUUUGCGGAUUCUGUACAGCUAAAUGGAGCCCCUAUGUACCCACCUUCAGCGUUCUCUCUCGGCGACCUCUGCCUACCCCCCAUGGCGAACGUCCUCAAAGUGUUCCUCGAGAACGGUCAGACCAAGUCCUUCAAAUACGACACGACAACUACAGUGGCCGACGUCGUGACGAGCUUAAAGGACAAACUGUGUAUUGUUGCUGAGGAACAUUUUAGUUUGGUUGUGGAACAUGUGAAAAGUGUAAGGAGGAAUAAGCUCACGCUGUUGGAUCCUAAGGAGUCUUUGGCAAGAAUCGCAGCGCGGCCCGGCUCGCACAAGAUGCGGUGUCUAUUCCGCGUGGUGUUCAUGCCGACGUCAGCCGCCGAACUAGCACAAAGGGAUCUAGCGGCGCUGGAUUAUCUUUACAUGCAGUGCUGUAACGACGUGGCCCAGGAGAGGUUUUCGCCCGAACUGCAGCCGGACGUCGCACUCCGACUUGCAGCGCUGCACAUGCACCAACACGCUCUGGCCAACAACCUGUCGCCGGCCAAACUCACUGUCAAAGCUGUCGAGAGAGAGUUCGGCCUCGAACGCUUCGUCCCCAGUGGUUUAUUAGAAAGUAUGAAGCGGAAAGAAAUCCGGAGGCUCAUCGCGCACUUCCUCAAACUCAACUCGCAGAUGACGGGCAGUCAGAGACAACUAACGCAGCUGCAGGCGAAGCUCCACUACUUGGACAUCGUGGCGGGGCUCCCGAGCUACGGAGCCAAGUGCUUCGGCAGCACGCGGCCGGAGCGGGUGCUGCUCGUGUCCCCGCGCUUCGGGCUCAGCCAGAUCAUCUCCCGCGCUAACCCUGGGCCUCAAUCAAUAGCUUCUCUAGAAGAAGUGGAAGGCGUCAGGGUGAAGCGCGAAGCGGCCGGCAGUGCGGACGUCGCCAUCUUCCUCACGAGGGACAGAGUCGUCGCGCUGCUGAUGGACGAGAGGGAUGCUGUUGAGAUGCCGCUGGUCAUUGCUGGAUACUACCGUCUGGCUACGGGCAAAGAGCUAAACGUGGAAUUGGAAAGAGAACCGAUCACAGAAGACAUAGCUCCUCCGUACCUGUCACAACACCACGUGGUGCCGACGAAGUGGAGUUACUUGCACUACGACGACCCUGUCGUUCUCACUAAGAAACACUUCGCGAUAUUCACCAUGCCGCCCCCGUACCACGGAACGGGCGAGCAGAAAGCGCUCGACACUAACAUGAACUCGAGUCUUACCAACAAUAAUCAUAGUAACAACUCCAGUCCGCUCACAGGGUAUGACUCCAAACCAGGGUUGCUAGGUUACGAUGUUCAUUUCGAGAAGUGCAAGAGAAACGACGACUUCAGGCUUUUCGACCCCAACGACGCCUGUUAUCUCGAUGAUGGCAUGGGCUUCGAUCUUCAGAGCGUCCUCUCCAUGGAACUGUUAGAAAACGCGAGCCACCACCCGAGACUUGUCGAGGCCAAAAACGAGGAGGUCCUUCGAAGAGUCGCCGAGAUGCAAAAGCUGGUUGAGAACUCGGAGCAGUAUUUGACUGAAAACUGUGAUGUGUACCAUGAGGACGCGUUUAGUAAUGGCAUGUUGAGAGACGAACUAGUCGGAAAAGAAUCGAAUGUUGACCAUUUAGAGAGCGAUACUGAAUCUAAUAAUAGUAGAAUGUCCGCUGCGGAUGACGCACCGGGAAUCCUUAAACAUAGCGAUUCUUUGCUCCUUCUAACGGAGACUAUCAACCAGGGAUUAUCAGGUUUGAGUAUACCCGAAGUGCAAAAGGACGAUCUGACGAGGCGACAGUCGCAAGGUCUCAGCGCUAUACUUAACAACUGCGGCCUCACCGAUGCCUUGAUAGCUUUAAACAAUGAUCUCUCUCAUUCCGAAAGCGACAACGAUUCCUUGUACACGCCGACUAGUAGUCCUAUACGUAAGCAUCAGAAAGCUACGAAUAAAGCAGUGAGGACUAGCUUCGGUCUGCAUAGUCCUGAUUCGACUCUGGAUAGUAAAGAGUCGAAUUUAAAGGAGUAUUUGAAGCAGCUCAGAGAGAAAAGUAGUAAGGAAGAAGAGAAAGCGAACUUCCCUUAUUAUGAAGAAACGAGCGUCGACAAUGACGCGGAGCUUAUAGACUUGACGCUGAUCCCGCCGCCGCAGACGCCGGACGAGUUAGACUGUGCGACGCAAGUGCCUCAAAUAUUACCGGUCGUGCCCCCGUCUUUUGCAGACGACAAGAAAAAUUCUAUAGAAAAUUUAAACGGAGCGCCCAAGAAGGGUGAUAUAGAAGAGUUUAUAGCUAACGUUACCGUGCAACCUCCCACUGUCAGAGUCACUCCCGCGAUCGAACUCACCCCCGAGGAGAUCAUGUCUUACAUCAUCCCGCCACCCCCGGGGUCCAACUCCUCGACUUUAGAUAGGGAACCGGUCAGCUACGUCAACCACAGCCAGAUAAUUGAAGCGCAGCGACAGAAUCAUAAAGAUGUGAAAGCUAACGGCGAAGUAGUCAAAGGCACGCUCAGCGUCAGCGAAAUAAGGAAUAUGUUUACGGCGAAGAGUUUAAGCGACGCUCGAAAUAGUUUACUAUUGAAAGAGAAAAGCAAAACCCAAGCUCCUAAAUCCGAUUCGCCGAAGAGUAAAAGAAAAAGCGGCACCGAAAAACCGGCGAACGGCACGGCACACGUGAUCGAGUACCCUACGGUGGAAAGGAAAGGCAUGUUCUCCUGUUGUAGUAAAGAUAAAAAUAAAAGUGAUGACAGCGACGAAGCGGAUAAAGGGGGUCAGGUGGAGAAAUCAGAUUCCAUGCCGGACGUUUGCGAAAUCAGGCCGCCGCCGAGGAGAAAGAAUGUCGACCACGCGCCGCCCGAGAGACCGCCCAAGAACCCACCCCCGCCCGCGCCGAGACCGCGGUCCAACUCCUUCACGUGCCCAAACAACGAGCUAACAGUCGUCGAAAUACCGAACAAUCACUUCAGCACCUUAAACAACAGGCGACUAAACUACAAAGUCGUCUGCGAGAUAAACGACCAAAUGCAGCCGCCGAUCCCUCCUAGAUUGGAAACUAAAGUUCUAUCCCCGCCGCCGCCGUUAUUGCUUCCUCCUAAAAAACCUCCUUUACCUCCCGUGCCGAGUAUCGAAGUCCUCCGCAUGAAGACCGCACAGAAAUCAUCUCCGGUAAGAGAGCAGCGUCUCGCGAGCAUCGGCUCGCCGCACUUCCAACGAAACUUGAACUCGUACAGAAACUUAGAGAAUGAGAGUCGACUAGACGACGAGCAGGUACGGUCAACGCCGAACUACAGCUCGAUGACGCUGCAGAGUCGACACGUCCGAUCCAGCUCGGAGACUAAAAACACGAUUUUAAAGAACAAUGAGAUGUCGACAGUUCUAUCAUUAUGUUCCCCGCAGAUGAACCGACGGUUUAGCAACCGGCCGGACCUUUUAAACGGCGCCGCGGGGAAUGACUCAAAGACAUUUAGUCCGCCGACGGAUAGGAAAUUCCGAGCGAGUCCUACUCCUAAAGUUCAGAACCACGUUCGCUUUAAAGACGACGUCGUGGAUGAUAUUCCGACGCCGCCGUCGCCUCCUCUAGUAUUUCCCGAAGCGAACGGAGUAGUCGGUGUGGAGGCGUUGUUGUUGGCGGCCGAGGCGGCGGCGACGACGUUGUUGUCGAGGCUGCAUGCCGCGGCGCAGCGAGCGCAACAUCAGCACGCUCACGGGGGAGGAGAGGACAUCGACGAGUUAAAGUUUCAGCGAGCACGGAGCGAGCUGACCUCUUGCGCGGUCACCCUUGUGGGGGCUUCUCGGACACUGGUGGGGGCGCUGGGGGGCUCGGGCGUCGUGGCGGGCGCGCUGACGGACUGCUUGACGCCUCUGCGGAGGCUGGCGGAUCUAGCACAGGCUCUCGGCCGCCACACGUCAUCCCCGCUGCAGACCCGCAACCUGAUCCUGCGUGUCCACGACGUCACGGCUGCGUUCAAGGACCUCGCCGGCGCUGACAUGGCGGCCAUCAUACGGAACCACCACGCUAAGACGGAACACAACUCGACGCUAGAAGGCCAACUUGCGCUCCGAGCAGAGUGUCUGGCCAACGUGCUGGCAACGUUGCUUAGAAGCUUGAGGGUAUUUUCGCCGUGAUAAUAUAGAAACUAAAGGAUAAUUCGAUUGGUUCAUAAAUGGGGUCGUACAGGAUCAUAUUGUAGCAACCAAAAUGGCCGCCAUAUUGUAAUCAUCAGGUGAGACCGAACACAACUCGACUUUAGAAGAUCAACUUGCGCUCCGAGCAGAGUGUUUGGCGAACGAACUGGCAACGUUGAUUAGGAGCUUGAGGGUGUUUUCGCCUUGAUAAUGUAUCAUAUUGUAACAGUUAAAAUGGCCGCUAUUAUACGGAAUCUUCACACUAAGAUGGAACACAACUCGACGUUAGUAUGAACGCAGUGUCAGCAAUAUAAAAAAAGCUACUUGAUUUUUAAGCUAAUUUGAUCGUUCCAAACUAAAGCUAUUGAUUUAAGUAUUUAACUAGAACCAUAAAUUGAUCAACAAUUUCAGAUAAUCUAUCACGAAGAGACCAUAAUAUUACAAAUCGCAUUAAAAACAAAAAAAAAUGUAAUCCACUACAUCGCUACAAUACGAGCAUCUCGAAAAUGUUGACAAGGGUCAAGUUGUAUAACAAAAACCAUACCUUAUUAUUCUAAAAACUACAUAGGUACAAGUAAAAUACAGGACACGCAACACAGAAUAAGUAAACACUUAUGCCCGUUGUUUGCGUGACUCUAUUUUGGAGAAUAACUUGGUUGAAUAAAACGAUCAUAAUUACAAAUACAAAUCAAAUACAAAUCAUUUAUUCGUGAUAACAAGAUACAACACAUAAAACAAUACAAGCACAUUCAAAAGUUAAAAGAAAAAUUAAUAAUUAAAAAAAAACAAUGAAAAAAACACAUAUAUCGAUGAAAUAGUUUACCACCAAAAGGUCCCGCCUCAGCGUAAUGCUAAACAAGGUCAGCGCUGAUCUUAGUUAUAAUGAUAAUCUAUCUGAAAACGGCGACCAUAGAUUUAAUUUGUUAUUCAAGUUCCAAUAUGUAUAUUUUCCAUUCGUUAGUUAAGAUUUCUGUUAAAACUAACCGUUACUAAAAAGAGACCAAAUAAAAUUAGGUACGUUGGUAUAAUUGUAGUUAGCAACACUUGUGUUAAUUUUAAGUUGUACUUUUGUAAAUUUUAACAUAUGUUAAUGUUUAUAUUUGUUGAUAAUAUAAUUUUCGCAUAGUUUUUUACAUUAAGUAACAUGUUAGGAUGUAUACUUUAAAUAAGGUGCAGAGGUAAGCGUAAUAUCAUAACACAAAAUGGUUUAACCAACAUUGCAAUAAAUGAAUAUUGUAUCAUAGAUAGUAAAACCUCAUGCACCUCUAAACAUCUUCUAUCGCUAUAUUAUUCCUUAGGCAGUGUUACCAUAGUAAAUACUAAGUUUACAUAUACAUAUCUAUUUACAUAAAGUGUUGUAUAUUUCUAUAGGUAAGGAAGUGUGAUCGGAUUUUAGGGUGCAAAACUAUUGUGUAAUCAUAUUCAUAUCUCUUGAAUGUCUAAACUAAUCAUAUCUUGUAUCGUUUUUAAAACAAUAUUGAAUAGAAUUUUGCAUGCAUUUCUGUAUCUAUCUACUCGAAAUUGGCGUAAAAUUUGAGGGAUCUAAUUUUUUUCUAAAAAGCUCUUAGCGUAUACAAUUUAAAUGUUUUUUUAACGCGUGCUUCCCGCGCUUGUUACGGUGUUGCCAGAGACAGUUUUGUUGAAGUGAAUGUUGCCAGCGUUUCGAGAUCGCGAUGUGCUGAUAUUUCAAUAUUGGUGCUAUUUUUAAAUGUACGUUUUUGUAUCAGAAUUGGUUGAACUUCGCUUUAAACGGUGGACUGAAAUGAGAGCACCAGUGAUUUGAAUUUCUAUAGAUUUUAGGCCGAACCACGUUAGAAGCAUGCUUCGUGGCCCCAUCUCACUGCGUUGACACGAAUGCGGUUGUAAUGUUUGCAAUUAUAUGUGACAUGUCACAUCGCUCGCGUAGCCGCAUUCGGUGUGUACUGGACGCUAAGCUCCGUAAUGAUGCAACGUAAGCAAUAUCUACUCUGUAAGCCUGGUAAAGUACAAUUUAUUUCACAUACCAAUUUCGCGGUAACCAAAGACAAUUUUGUAUGAAUCCAGUUUUAUUUUCAUAUAUUUUAUAAAAUCGUAAAUAUCGUAAUAAUGUUUAUUUCGUUAUCUUUGGCUUUUAACUUAACAAAGUGUCAAAAAUAUGUCUAUCUACAACCUUAACGUAAGUAAGGUACAGCGGGGCAAAUCUCGACUGGGGGGCAAUUGUAACUAAUCCAUUUUUUCCAUUAUUACACUAUGAUAUUGAGUUCUACAUGUAUCUACUGAACACGACUACCAUAUAUUAUAUAACCGGUGUAUUUAAUAAUGCAAACAUUGGAAAAAAUGGACCAGUUACAUUUGCCACUCAGUCGUAUAUUUCCCUUAAGUCGUAAAUUUGCCCCGCUGUACCUACUGAUGUGCCGAUGGAAAGUUUCCAAAAUUCGGAAAUUUUCACAUAGGAAAACUUCGGAAAAUUUCCAUACUUUUUAUGGACAAUUGUAUGGAUGGAAAUUUUCCAAUUCAUAAAUUUAAAUUCCCUUAAUUUUUAGUGAAAGUUUCGUGAAUUUUUCAAGAAAUUUAAUUUUUUUGGAAAGUUUCCGCAACUUGCACAUCACAUCACUAAGUAUACCUAAGAAAUGAUGUCGUAUAUACAUAUUUUUGGCACUUCUAUAUUUCAAUACCUUGACGGUAUCUAAUUGUACGUUCAAGUUAAAAUCGUAUUACACUACGUGUAUGCAUGCAUGCAUUAUCCACGUGCAUAGAGCAUGCAUGCAUAUGCGUAGAGAAGCUAUAAUAAUAUACAGGAUGGAAGAUAGACAAGGUAACAUUGUAUCACAAUAUAUGAAACCGAUUUAUUUAUUGUUUAUAAUAACAUAAUGCAAUGCAUUUGAUGUAAUAAAUGAUAAAUUCUGAG